CUCCUCCUCCGUUACCCCCUCCUCGGGGGGGAAGGGCGGCGGCGACCAGGUGAGGCGGGCGGGGACGGGGGGAGCCUCCCCCCGCCCGACCCAACACCCCCGGGGAGGGAAUCGGGUGCCGAGCGACACGCUGCGGGCCUGCCGGUAACUGCUUUCCUCAGCGUUGCCUCCGGGCGGGAGCCUGUCCGUGCCCCCGCCGCCCAGCGCGGGGGGGGGCGGUUGCGGGGGGGCAGCCGCUGGGGCUCUGAGGGCGGCGGGGCAGGCUGGCUCGUGCGCCAGGCGCGUGCCUCCGGUAACGCCGCCCUCCUCGGCCUUGCCCGGGGGGGGGGGGGGGGGGGGAGCUCGGUCUUCUCCCCCCUGCGCCGGCCUCACCGCGGGGAGCUGAAUUCAAGCGGCUGGGGAAUAACAAUCUCCCCCCACACACACCCCCCAGCCGGCACCGUUCGGCGCCGUGGGGCGAGUGCUAUACGUACCGUUUGAUACAGGGUUUGCCUUUUUUUUUUUUUUUUUAAGCACAGAUAUAUUAAAAUCAAGUCUACGGAGUUGCGAGAAAGUCUGCUUCAGAUCAGCAUGUUGAAUUUCAAAAGUGUAUUCGUUGAAUUUUUUUUUUUCCAUUUAAGUAGUAGUUGUGUGGAUUUUUAUGGCCAUAUGUAACUAAAUUAUUAUCUAGCUGACCACCUAGAAGGAAAUAAAUCACCUAUAUCAUAAAUAAAACCCCCAACAUGUUAAUAAGGUCCAUAAUAAUAACCACAAGCUGAUGACUUAAUGCAUUACCUGGAUUAAAAUCAACUGAAAACAUUCAGGAUUGAUCCAAUCUUUCAUCCGGUCCCAAGUAGGUCUCCUUUCCCUUCUCUUUUCAGGUCAUUGUUUGUAAUGUAGCUGCAUCUGAAGAAAUAUUAAGUGGCUUUGUGUCAUGCUGACUAACAACACAGGGCGUCAAGCAAUGAUUCCAAGAAUCGUGAAGCUGUUUCCCUGCAUUUGUGGCAGCAGAAUGUUGUCGGGUUACAAACCUAAAAGCAACGUCAAGGACUCUUACAAAAUUCUUGAGCUUGAGGAAGGGUGUUCCCUUGAUGAUAUCAGAAACUCUUAUCGAAGUCUUGCCAAAAAAUACCAUCCAGACACUGGUUCUGCCACAGCUGAUUCUGAAGCAUUUAUGAAAGUAGAAGAAGCGUACAGAGUCGUGCUCAGUGAUGUGGCAUCCAAAAAGACAUCAACCGAGAAUAAUGAAGAGGAGGAAGAUCAGCUGAAAUCAAAAGCACCACAGCAUAGACACUACUUGAGUUUUGAAGGCGUUGGUUUUGGAACUCCAAGCCAAAGAGAAAAGCAGUACAUGCAAUUUCGAGUAGACCGCGCUACUGAACAAGUGUUGGAGUAUCGGAAGCAGAGACUUGAAAGCCAGUAUGCUGCUACUGACCUAAUGAAAGCCAAAGACGUGAGGCAAAGCAAAAAGGUGAAAAUAACUCAGGCAGUUGAACGGUUGGUCGAGGACCUCAUCCAGGAAUCGAUGGCGAAAGGAGACUUUGACAACCUCAGUGGCAAAGGGAAACCCUUGCAGAAAUUCUCAGACUGUCCACAUAUUGACCCUAUGACUCACAACUUGAACAGGAUUCUGAUAGACAAUGGCUACCAGCCAGAGUGGAUCCUGAUGCAGAAAGAAAUACGGGAAACUAUUGAGCGGUUAAGGAAGAGUAUAGUGGCAUCUAGAAGUAAGCUUGGAGGGCCAAUGACGCCAUGUAGCCAAAAGCAGUGGAAUCACAUUUGUGAGCAAUUUAUAGAAGAUAUCAGGAAAUUAAACAAAAGAAUUGACAACUUCAAUUUAGUUGUUCCUCUUCUGAGCAGACAAAUGGUGCACUUCAGUGCAGACAAAGAAAUUGUUCGAGCACAAAAGACUUACGAAGCUUUGAUGGAAAACAGAGAGGCUUCUGUUUCAGACACAAAGGAAAAUGAAGAGGAAAAUGUUAAAAGGUUUGGGUGGAAGUCUUCUCUAUUUAAGUGGUUAAACUUACACUGAAACAAGAUAAUACUAGUUCAUCUAUCUUGUCAAGAUUUUAAAUGCACUUUAUUAAUGAAACCUGCAGCACUAGAGAAAUUACAGGUACACUGAAAAUGUAAAAUCCAGCUGUCCACUGUUACACCAGUUAAAAGGAUUUGGGAUGUCUGAUGUGCAUUUGCAGGUGCUUAAUUGAUCUAUUUGUGAAUAUUGCUAAGGAACAAAUAAAUUCAGUUAUACUCUUGCAGCUCAUUUUA